UCACUAAACAUGUACAACCCCAUAAUCUCCUCUAAAUACCCCCUCAACAAGUCUCCUCUACUUCAUCCUAAAUUCAACUCAUCAGCACUCUCCUCUCAACAGCAUGUCUUCUCCAAUAGCUUAUUUUGCUCUGUUCCUCACUCUCAUCGCCCUGUCAAGUUCUUGUCGGUACGCAAUUGGUUCACCGAACAACAAAACAUUUUUAUCACUUGCAAGCAGGAUUGGGAUAAACUACGGAAGAUUAGGCAACAAUCUCCCAUCUCCUUACCAAUCAAUCAACCUCAUCAAAUCUAUUAAUGCAGGCCACGUCAAACUCUACGACGCCGACCCCGAAACCCUAAUGGUCCUCUCUCAGACCAAUCUCUACGUCACAAUCAUGGUCCCUAACAACCAAAUCAUUCCCAUCGGCGCCGAUCAAGCCGCCGCAGACAACUGGGUCACCACCAACGUCCUUGCUCACUACCCGCAAACAAGAAUCCGAUUCGUCCUCGUCGGGAACGAGAUUCUCAGCAACAGCUCAGAUCAAGACAAGCAAACCUGGGCGAGUCUUGUCCCUGCCAUGCGUAAAAUAGUGACUUCUCUCAGAGCAAGAGGGAUCCACAACAUCAAAGUGGGAACACCGCUCGCCAUGGAUGUUCUUCGAACGAGUUUUCCUCCGUCGAGUGGUGCGUUCAGGGAAGAAGUCGCCGCUCCGGUGAUGUUACCGUUGCUGAAGUUCCUCAACGGAACAAACUCUUUCUUCUUCCUCGAUGUUUACCCUUACUUCCCUUGGUCCACUGAUCCGGUUAACAACCCUUUGGAUUUCGCUCUCUUCCAAUCGAAUUCAACUUAUACCGACCCCCAAACCGGUUUGGUUUACACCAAUCUUCUUGACCAGAUGCUCGAUUCGGUUAUUUUCGCGAUGACCAAGCUCGGUUAUCCAAACGUCCGGCUUGCAAUCUCUGAAACCGGGUGGCCUAAUUCUGGUGACAUCGACGAAACCGGAGCUAACAUUCUCAAUGCGGCCACGUAUAACCGGAAUUUGAUCAAGAAGAUGACUGCUAACCCGCCGCUCGGUACACCGGCUAGACCCGGUUCACCUAUACCGACGUUUUUGUUCUCAUUGUUCAAUGAAAACCAGAGACCCGGUUCGGGAACAGAGAGGCAUUGGGGGAUUUUGAAUCCUGACGGUACACAGAUCUACGACAUUGAUUUCAGCGGGACGAGACCGGUCCCUAGUCCUGGUUCGUUGCCUAAACCGAGUAACAAUGUUCCGUUCAAGGGAAAUGUGUGGUGCGUGACGGUCGAAGGAGCCAGCGAGGCGGAGUUGGAGCGGGAGCUUAGCUUUGCUUGCCGACAAAGCAACGCAACGUGUGCAGCUUUGGCGCCGGGAAGAGAGUGUUACGCACCGGUUUCGAUUACUUGGCAUGCUAGCUAUGCCUUUAGCUCGUACUGGGCUCAGUUCAGGAACCAAAGCUCUCGGUGCUACUUCAAUGGUUUUGCGCGUGAGACCACGACCAACCCUGGGAAUGAGCGUUGCAAGUUCCCUAGCGUUAUCCUGUGAGACUUCGCCAAGAGUCAAAACUAAUUAAGGAGCAUGGAGAAGGAUCAAAAGCUGGAUCAUUAGUAUUUUUAAGUCAAUCUUCUUCUUGAUAAUUUUUAUUUCCGUUAUUCCAAGUUGUUACUCCUUAUUUUCUGUUGUUGAGAAAGAUUGAAUAAACAUCGAAAAUUUGUUACUAA